CAGUUCACCAGCCAAUAGACAUCACUUCCGAUUCUGAUGACGUAGGGCGUCCUCAUCGGUUCCUGUUUGAGGUUCCUCCAUUCAAAGAGAUAACUGUCCGUAAAAAGAUAACGUUUUAGUAAUUGAUUUAGUAGGUCGCAUAUACCUUAACUGGUGACGAAAAAUUUCAUUAUAGACCGUUAUGGAGACUUCCGGAAACUCUCACAAGAAACCGAAGCUGAGCAACUCGUCCAGCGAGAAUUGGGGAAUGCAGAGGGCGACUAAUGUGACCUACCAGGCUCAUCACGUCAGCAGGAAUAAGCGUGGUCAGGUGGUGGGGACGAGAGGGGGCUUCCGUGGAUGUACUGUCUGGCUCACAGGUCUGUCUGGGGCUGGGAAGACCACGGUGAGCAUGGCCCUGGAGGAGUACCUGGUGUGCCACGGCAUCCCCUGCUACUCGCUGGAUGGAGACAACAUCCGCCAGGGCUUAAACAAGAACCUGGGCUUCAGCCCUGAGGACCGCGAGGAGAACGUCAGGCGUAUAGCCGAGGUGGCCCGCCUGUUCGCCGACGCAGGGCUCGUCUGCAUCGCCAGCUUCAUCUCUCCCUACGGACGGGAUCGUGUGAACGCCAGGAAGAUCCACGAGGCUGCAGGCUUGCCCUUCUUCGAGGUUUUUGUCGACGCGCCGCUUGACGUGUGUGAACAGCGAGACGUCAAGGGCCUCUACAAGAGAGCCAGGGCUGGAGAGAUCAGAGGUUUCACUGGGAUAGACUCGGAGUAUGAGAAACCAGAGGCCCCAGAACUGGUGCUGAAGACUGACUCCUGCAGUGUCAACGAGUCUAUACAGCAGCUCAUUGACCUGCUACAUGAGAAGGAUAUAGUGCCGGUGGAUGCUUCUUAUGAAGUGAAGGAGCUGUACGUAGUUGAGAACAAGCUGGACCUGGCCAAGACUGAUGCUGAAACACUACCUGCUGUGCAGAUUGGAAAGGUGGACAUGCAGUGGGUUCAGGUGCUUGCUGAGGGCUGGGCCACCCCUCUGAACGGCUUCAUGAGGGAGAGGGAGUUCCUGCAGUGUCUCCACUUUGACUGUCUGCUGGAUGGUGGCGUCAUCAACCUGUCUGUGCCGGUGGUGUUGCCGGUGUCGGGGGCGGACAAGGAGCGUCUGGACGGCGUCACGGCCAUGGCCCUGGUGUACGAGGGCCGCCGUGUGGCCAUCCUCCGCAACCCCGAGUUCUAUGAGCACCGCAAAGAGGAGCGCUGUGCCCGCCAGUGGGGCACUACCUGCAAGGACCACCCCUACAUCAAGAUGGUAAUGGAGAGUGGAGACUGGCUGGUAGGAGGAGACCUGCAGGUCCUGGACAAGAUCAGCUGGAACGACGGCCUGGACCAGUACAGACUCACCCCCACUGAGCUCAAACACAAGUUCAAGGAGAUGAAUGCAGACGCGGUGUUUGCCUUCCAGCUGCGUAACCCGGUGCACAACGGCCACGCCCUCCUCAUGCAGGACACCCACAAGCGUCUGAUCGAACGGGGCUACCGCCGGCCCGUCCUACUGCUGCACCCGCUGGGCGGCUGGACCAAGGACGACGACGUGCCGUUGGAGUGGCGCAUGAAGCAGCACGCCGCCGUGCUGGACGAGGGCGUGCUGAAACCCGAAAACACCAUCGUGGCCAUCUUCCCGUCGCCCAUGAUGUACGCCGGCCCCACUGAGGUGCAGUGGCACUGCCGAGCCCGAAUGGUGGCCGGUGCCAACUUCUACAUCGUGGGUCGCGACCCAGCGGGCAUGCCCCACCCAGCCACGGGCAAGGACCUGUACGAGCCAACCCAUGGGGCUAAAGUCCUCACCAUGGCGCCUGGACUCAUCACCCUGGAGAUUGUACCCUUCAAGGUGGCCGCCUACAACAAAGCCAAGAGGGCCAUGGACUUCUACGACCCCAAGAACCAUCAAGACUAUGACUUCAUCUCAGGGACACGGAUGCGUAAGAUGGCUCGCGAAGGACAGAACCCUCCGGAAGGCUUCAUGGCCCCCAAAGCCUGGGCUGUCCUGGUGGAGUACUAUCAGUCCCUGGACAAGGCUACCUAAGGUCAAAUGUGGUCAAAGGUCAAAAUGGGGAACAUCCGGGUCGUAUUCAUUAGGGCACACCAUAGUAAAACUUUUUCAAAUGUUUUCCACCAGGAAAAACGAAAACAAGCGGUUGUCAUUGGACAAGUCCAGAUAGUCCCUGCCUGCUUCAGUCUGUUUCCCUCUGUUUGGUGCCUAAUGAAUACGACACAGCUAUCUCCUCUAAAACAGUUAAAAGAUUAAUACGAGGACCACUCAACAGCUAGAUGUCCCUCUCCAACGCACACACCUCUCUAUUCUCCCCUUCUCCUGUAUUUUCUCCUCUCCUCUCUCUCGUUCUGCUGCUACUGCCACUGGGCUUCAGUCUUACCACACUGAGUAUGUACUUUAUUUCAACUCACCAUUACAAAUUGGUUUCUCUAAUUGUGCAACUAUCAGUAUUUUUAAAUGUGUUUUAAACUGGGUUCAAAUGUUCAUUUUAAAAGGUGUGAAGAGGCAAAGAUUGUUGUUUUUAGAGAACGAUGCUUAAAGUUUCCUCAUGAUGUGACAAGAUGUGGUUUAGUUGAGGAUGAAAACAUGAUACAUGUAGGAAGUCAAUGCCCCUCUUAG